UUUAAAAUUAAAAUAGGAUAAAAGUAUUCUCCCAAAUUUGGGAGUUGCUGUUAUCCUAAUCAGUAUACAUAACCCCUCUCAUAUUCAUUUAAAAGAAAAUGCCUUUCAAAAAAGAUUUACGACUUUUGUUGAAGCCUUACUAUUUUAUAAAUAUUUUACUUAGUCUUUCAUACAUUAUUUCCAAACGUAUACCAAUUGUUUGUAAUUAUGUAUUCGCACAAGCUGAAUGUGAACUUGAUGGAAGAGAAACAGAAAUACUAUUUUUUCUCAUGAUAGUGAUAAUGAUAAGAACACGAAAAACUGGAAGUGUAACUAUGAUAAGCUAUUUAUCAUCCAGCUUUGUAUAUACUAAAGUUGCAAAUCUGAUUCUUUGGUUUUAUGCAGAUAUUCGUAUGGGAAUAAUAUUUGCUAUUAUAUUCAUUUUAUGCGGUUUAAUGUUUCCUGAACCAACAUAUCAAGGUCCAGAAAAGGUAACAUAUUUACGUGGUGCAAAUGGAUUACAAGAAGAACUUUACCGUGAUACAAAAAUCAUUUGGUUAGUUGCAUUCUAUACAGCUUGGAAUCCAGCUUGUGUUAACUUCGCACCAAUAUUCUCUGAACUUUCAGCAGAAUAUGCUUUAGAAAAUUUGAAAUUCGGAAAAGUAGAUAUAGGUAGAUAUCCGGAUGCUGCGCUAAAAUAUCAUAUUAGUGAUGCUAGUACCAGCAAACAACUUCCUACCUUAAUUUUAUUUAAAGAAGGUAAAGAAAUAGAAAGACGUCCACAUGCAGAUCAUAAAGGAAAACUGAUUAAAUUUCUUUUUUCUUUGGAUAAUAUAAAGGCAGCUUUUGAUCUAAAUAAUAUUUAUAGAGAUUGUAAAAAAAAUCCGAUCAAAAAGAAGGAAAAAAAAAUAGUAAAAACAAAGUGAUCUAAUCAGUAUUUCCAAAUAUUGAAAUGUUUACUAUCAUAGCACUGCCAAUGCGAUUUUAAAUGAAGAUUACUUUAUAUAGAAUAAUGGAGUUUAGAAUAACCAAUGUCUUGCGCAAUUUCCAUUUAUAGCGAAACUGCAAAUAUUUUGUAAAUAUUCAUUAUAUUUUCUAUCAUUAUGUGUAUUUUUAACUUCACUAUAAGUAGAUAUUUCUUUAUAUAUUCUAAUUUAUUGUAUAUAAAUACUAAUACACUAUAAGAUAUUAGGUUAAGAUAUUAAUUUAUUAAAUAGUUAUAUUAAUUGAAAUUAAAUAAAACAUAGAGCGCUAUGUGUAUAAAUUAUAAUUUGUUGAAACCAAAGCAAAAUUUCUAAUUAAGUUAAACAUAAAUUAUAUGCAAUAUUGCAGUUUCGUUGAAUAAACUGAGUAAAAUUUUGUUGAAAUAGAUAAUUGUAAUAAAUAUUAAAUAUUUAUAUAUUAUAAAAUUCAAGUAUUUAUACAAUAUACAAUUGUGGAUAUAUAA